CGGACAAUAACUGACAAGCAACCGGUCAGCGAAGCUAGCCAGCGAGUCGAGCCGCGCCAGUCGGCUGCCAAAGUCGCGCGUCCCCUUCUGUCUACCGACCCGGUUGUUCCGGCAUGUACAGUGUCUUCGUAAACGCGAGAAAUUCAUCUCCGGCUCGUUGUGAGAGUGUGUAGAUCCUCGCGAGAUGGAUGAGACGUGAAGGUUGAAGAGUGCUGUGACCCGAGAAGCGGACUUCGAGUGCGCGGCCAGUGUGUCCGGCGGUUGGCCUUCCGUCCGCAGUGAUAUUCGACGAUCUGUUUUCUCUAUCGGUGAUCCCGUUAAGCGCAGAGAUUAAUCGGGAGUUCGUCGGGGCCCGAGAGAAAGUUUCAUCGAUCACGAGCGAUCGAUGCUAGGCACCCCGGAGAAAAUUGGCGGGUGCACGCGGAAGGAAAUCAGCCCCAAAUGCGCGACUGGGGAGGGGAAGAGGUGCAGCAAGAAGCCGCCCGGAACAGCCGCCAUAGUGGAACGUUGACCUAGUGAGUGAGAGCGCGUUCGGCCCGAGGAGCGGUCCGCCGAUUCGACGGAAGUGCGUGGUGAAUCGCGGCCGGGGAAAAAUGCGAAACGGCGGUCAGCCGCAGCAGACGGCGGUAAUGGCGCCGCCGCACCUAAACGGGUCCGCGCAAUUCGUUUCCGGCGGUUACGUCGGCUACGUGCCGCGCCAGCCCUGGGGGCAAUUUCAAGGGGCGCAGCAUCCCAGGAACACGGCCAGGCCUCUGUCGCAUCCACCGCCGCCACCCUCCAGGAGGGAAAGCCAAAGACCACCUCCUCCCUCCGGGAACGGUUCCGCCAACCCUAAGUGCACGUCCCUUCCGCACACCAGAACUGGGACUAACAGGAGCACCACCCCCUCGAAGGUGGAUCCCGAGCUGAUAUUCACGAAACAAGAACGGAUCGGGAAGGGUAGCUUCGGCGAGGUGUUCAAAGGGAUUGACAAUAGGACCCAGCAAGUGGUUGCCAUCAAGAUCAUCGAUCUCGAGGAGGCGGAGGAUGAGAUCGAAGAUAUACAACAGGAGAUCAUGGUGCUGUCACAGUGCGACAGCCCGUACGUCACCAAGUAUUACGGGUCCUAUCUCAAGGGUACGAAACUAUGGAUUAUUAUGGAGUACUUGGGUGGCGGCUCGGCCCUGGACUUGAUGAAGGCUGGUAGCUUCGAGGAAAUGCACAUCGCGGUGAUAUUGCGCGAGGUGCUCAAAGGGCUGGAUUAUCUUCACAGCGAGCGGAAGCUUCAUCGUGAUAUUAAAGCGGCGAACGUUCUGCUGAGCGAAAUGGGCGACGUGAAGCUGGCCGACUUCGGUGUGGCCGGUCAGUUGACCAACACGACCAGCAAACGAAACACUUUCGUCGGGACGCCGUUCUGGAUGGCGCCGGAAGUGAUCAAACAGUCCGCCUACGAUUCGAAGGCUGACAUUUGGUCGCUGGGCAUCACGGCGAUCGAAUUGGCCAAGGGAGAACCGCCGAACAGCGAGCUACAUCCCAUGAGGGUGCUCUUCCUCAUACCGAAGAACAAUCCCCCGCAGCUAACCGGAAAUUACACGAAGCAGUUCAAGGAGUUCGUCGAGGCCUGUCUGAACAAGGACCCCGAGAACAGGCCAACAGCGAAGGAGUUGCUGAAGUUCCAGUUCAUCAGGAAGGCGAAGAAGAACUCGUACCUGAUCGACCUGAUAGACCGGUACAAAAAGUGGAAGUCCCAGCGCAGCGAGGAAUCCGAGACGGAGAGCGAAAAUUCGGACUCGGAAGAAUCGAAGCAGGACAGCGACAUGGACGAGCCGUGGAUAAUGACGGUGAAAGGUCCUCACGGGAAGGGUUCGGUGGUCCCCAUGCUGCCACUGGACGAGCAGCCGGCCUCGUUGACUCUGACACACACGACGAACCAUAAUCAGCAAGCGAAGCCGCAAGCGAACGGAGCCUCGAGAUCCCCGCCGAAGGAUUCCACGUUGAAUCAUUACAGGAGCGAGUCGAGGGACUCCAUCCGCGAUGGUCAAGCGAAGCACACGCCGUCCCGACCGCACGAGGCAGCGCCACCGCCGCCGGUCGACACACGAGAGAAACGAGAGGAUCGCGAUUAUAGGGACUUCGAUCGGGAUUCCUCGAUGAGGGAGUUGAAGGAGAGCCGCGAGGCCAGAGACAGCAGGGACAGGGGCGAAACUCGGGACAGAGGAGACAGAGGGGAUAGAGGAGACAGAGGAGACAGAGGAGACAGAGGAGACAGAGGAGAUAGAGGAGAUAGAGGAGACAGAGAAAGAUGGGACAAAGAUGUGAACUCGAAAGAGUGGAGGAGGCCACUGGACCACAGGCCGGCCGAGAAACAGAGACCGAGGAGCUCGCAGGAACUGAAGCAUCCGCGAAGCGCGGUCCUGUCCGGUGUCGUAUUACCUCUCCUAUCCGAGCUUCAGCGGAAGCAUCAAUAUUCGACAAGAGACAAUAACGGCGAGGGCGGAAGCAGCAUUAGCAGGAACGGCGGCGCGAUCGAGGAGUUGCGCAGCGCGUUCGAGACGGCGGAACGCAAUUCGCCGGGAAUGGCCGAGGCUCUCGUCAGGGAGGUCCUCAAGUCUUUACUUCCUGCCAAUCAUUCGGAGAGUCGUUUGUCCAUGCUGAUGGAGAAGGUCAGUCUCAGGGAUACGUAGGGACGCGAGAGGGCGAGGGUUCGCAAGAGAAUGUGGUCCGAAAACAUCUUGACGUUGUAACGACUCGUUGAUUCUCGUUUAUCAGAUUUCUUAUUCCGUACGAGUCGCUACGUUGUCGACGAGUGCCGGGUCCGAACUUGCGAGGAAGCUAGAAGAAGGACGUCGCUGCGACGGCCCGGACUAUUUUUUUUGCUCUUUCCCUUCGGUCCGAAGAGGCGACUGCGGAGCUUUCGUUUUCGCUUUCCGUUGUCCCCCCUCUAUCCUACGUCUCGACUCGACUCGACUCGACUCGACCCGCGAGGCGCUCGCCGACGUUCCCAGCGGCGCUUCGCGGCGCGAUUUAGCCCGAUAUUGAUUUCCGUUUCGUCGACGAUUCCGUUCGGAGCGAGUUCUGUCUAGAUCUAUCCGCUAGAGAAUAACGCGAAGUCGUACCAUCCAAAUCGUCGCCCGCGCGGGGGCGACAGUUACCGUUGACUCCUGAAGAUAUUAACCCCAUCCCACCCCCCAGCCACCCAGAAAUCCCAGAAGCUCGUUAAAAAGAAGACGCUAGUAUAUUUGGGAAAAAUUUAAAGAGAAGAAAAUACUGAACAAAAAAAGAAAAAGAAAUAAGAGAAGAGUAAAAAAAAAAGUAAUAAUCGCAAGAUGUAGGUAAUAGACGAGAGAUAUUUUUGCAAAUCAUGCAGCCACCCGUUCGGAAUUCUUUGUACGUUGUUCGUGUUCGGUGAUCGACCCAAACCUGGAACAAGUGGGAAACGCGUAGAUGAUAGUCUCAGCCAGUGUCCGACGGAUAGAGAAGAAAGAAAAGGAUAUUUCGUUAACGGGAUCUUGCCUCAUUAAAUAGAUACAUCCGGAACAUGCACUAUCCAUCAUAUAGAUAUAUCUAUAAAUAUAUUUAUAUAAAUAUUAUAUUUAUAUAAAUAUAUAUAUAUAUAUUAUAUAUAGUAUAUAUUAAUAGACAUGUUCUAAAUCGCAUCGGUAACCAGAUCAGUAGAGACGUUAUUUAUUUAAAGCGAUUUCGAUGGAGGGUCAAGAUAGAGAAAGUGGAAGAGUAGCGAGGAGUGUGCCGAGCAGCCCAGGCAGGAGACAAAAGCGCUGUCCCUAUCGAACGACAACGCCUUCCCGUUGCUUCCCACGUUAGUGCACGUUUCGGAUUCAAGGGGGAAUGUCGAAGGAAGAAGGGCGCCUCCGUACCGGAGGCUUUGUACAUAUGUAUGUAGCACGAUAAGAUAGUCUUAUUGUUCUGAUGAUCGACGUCUCUGCCACUCGGUUGCGCAGCUCCGCAAUACGAUCUCGUUGUACUGCGUUUCCAACACACUAUUUUAUCGCGUGACCAAGCUGACAGCUGGGGGAGAAGAUCGUCCGUCGUCUAUCUCGGUCGAGGAAUCAAAGGAUAUACAGUAUUUUAUUAGCCACUAUAGUCGGCGCAAAAUCAGUUUACGGCUCAAGGCCACUGUCUUUGCUUCCCCAAAUGAUCCCACUCCUCGUUCCUCCGCCCAUACUCGAUGCCACGCGUUCGAACCGGAAACGAAGAAAUUUCUUAUUGGGCAAGUCGCUUUACGGGUCUAUAAAAUUCACCGUCUAAAACUCGGGUGUGUAGCAAAGAAAAGAAAAAAAAAGUUGAAUAAAGUUUAAUGGGGUUUUCAUGUUAUUCGACAUCUGACGGCACUUUUAAUAUGAAUAUAUAAAUGUAGUAAUAAAUGCAGGCCGUUCGUCGAGCCGGAUUGAUAGAAAUAUAUUAAUGAAAAAAGCGUUCGCUCCGUCUUCAGCGAAACGAGGAACAAGUUUCGAGCGUAGCAAAGCGAGGAGGCGUUGUAACGUUUAAGAUUCGUAUACAGGUGGAAGCGAUUUUGAGCCGACCAAACGCGUUUGCCUUCUCGAAACAGACCACGGACGUGAUUCUCGAACCGAUUCCAGUUUAUAAGGGAACUAGCAGCGACGUUUGUCGAAUAGUCGAAGCGAACGGUGGCGCGAAACGACAAGGGAAACAGCUUUCUUUUCCUCGAGCUAGAGAGUUCUUCCACUAGAUCGCCCGGGUAGAGUUCUUAGUCGAGCCGUUCCACGAUCGAGCCUGAGCUGUGAUAACUUCCGCGGGACGUCGGCACUUAAUCCACGUUGUUUGUAAACUAAUGUAUUUUAUAAAGUAUAUUAUAUAUACAUAUAUAUAUAUAGAAAGAGAGAGAGUGAGAGUGCGAGCGAGAGAGAGAGAGAAAGAGAGAAAGAGAGAAAGAGAGAAAGAAGAGA